AUGUCAGGAGCAGCCCCAGAGGAGCCUCAGACCCCCGUUCCUCAAGGCACAGCGGGUGCUCCCGGGCCUCCCGGGCCUGCUCCGGUUGCUGGCGGACCUGGAAGCGCGGGUGACGUGUCCUUCGGUGAGCAAAACCUUGGCUUCGCCGCCGCAGACGUCAGCCUGGCGGAGAUGAUGGAGACCGAGUACACCCAGCUGCAGCACAUGCUGUACUCGCAGACGGAGGCACAAGCCAGCGAAGGUGAAGCGGAAGCUAGGCUCAAUGCUUUCUCCUCGCCCGGUCGUUCCGCAGACUCCCCUCCGCACCAGACCUCGCAGAACACCGGUCGAGACGGCUGUUCACCCAACAGCUCUGAGAACCAGUCAAUUUACCCUGUUACCCGUCGGUCAGGAUUACCUUCUGACAGCAGUGUGCCGAGUUCCAACCCCCCUGUGGGCUAUGCUGACUUCCAGGAUCUCAGAAUGAUGUUACUUAGCGAGAAUAACCUCCUUGCGAACCAAGCAGCUAAAACGCCCAACGAUAGCUCUGUCCCAGGACAACGUUCAGGAAAAGUUAAACACGUUGAAAAUUUUGUCGGGGCAAGUAAAGGAAACAUUCCUGUUGAAAAUUCGGCACUGGCACCAGACCCUAGGUCUAAAUCUGCAGUCAGAGUUCGGCUGGAAGACAGAUUCAGCAGCGUCCAGACCGAAAACCCCCGAUGCCAAGAACCCCAAGAAUCUGGAGUAACUCUUAACAAUUCAGUAACGUUGAUUCGGCAGCCGUCAGACCUGGUAGGUGUCCCUCCUCAUCAGCAAGAAAACAAGUGUGCUGCCUUAGGGAAAAGUAAGACUGCGCCUGCCGCGCCUUCUUUACCGUUCACAUACCCGUUAUUCGCUAUGAACGUCUGUCCCGCUGCUGGAAGUGCUAAUCCAUCGCAGGCACAGACCUCUGGAACAUCCCGCACUGGUUUGGAAGCUGCCAGACAUCAAGACCUUGGGAUACCCAAGGCAUUCUCUUUCUGCUAUCAGGAUAUGGAAUCCUCCAAGCAGACAGUAGGUGCUAUGAAUAAAGCUUUGCCUGAGGAAGUUUGGAUUAAAAUUGGAGAUUCCUUAUGCAAGCAAGUGAUAACCAAAAGGAGUUGCAGCCAGCUGAGCUCGAUGGAUACCAGCAUAGACCGCAAACCUCUUGGGGAAAUCCAAAACUUGCCUGACGACAGCCGGAGUUCCGCCUCUGCCCAGGGAGCUUGGCAGCCCAGGUCAGGUCUGCAGGGGCAAAGCGAUCUGCAGGACGGCGUCUCGCAGCGAAGAGAGAGACAUAACCGCAUGGAGAGAGACCGACGGCGCCGGAUCCGCAUCUGUUGCGAUGAGCUGAACCUCCUGGUGCCGUUCUGUACGGUUGACACCGACAAGGCAACGACCCUGCAGUGGACAACGGCCUUUCUGAAGUACAUUCGGGAGAGGCACGGCGACUCGCUGAAACAGGAAUUUGAGACUGUGUUCUGUGGCAAAACAGGCAAAAGGCUAAAAAUAGCAAGAUCAGACUCAUUUGUAGCGUGCCCGGCACAGGAAAACGUGCAUGGCUAUGGAGACCAAGUAGUCUGA